AUGAUUUUCCAAACUGAAGACCGCCAGUGGCUAAGCAGAGCUUUGCAGGUGCUGCUCGCAUGCGCUCCUUACAUAGUGCACUCAUCACUGACAGUGCUAAUACUAUUUCUAUGCUAUACGCUGCUACCUCUGCCUUUGAUUCCUACGGCAUCGGCAGCUGCUGUCGUCUCCGCAACGGGUCUCGCUAUUCAGCUUAUAAACAAUGCCGAUGGAAUCAUGCUUGUAACACAUGCGAUUCUUUUCUUUGCUAUAAACAUUGUCGGUUUUUUCGUGUUUUAUCCAUUAGAACUGGUGCAACGGAAGACGUUUCGAGAGACGAGGUACGCUAUUCCAUCUAACUGA